CACCGGGAGCCGAGCGCCGGCCGCGGGGCUCGCGCCGCCCCGCCAGGAUCCGAGCGGAGCCCGGGGGCGGCGGGCCGGAGCCGGGGACGCGGGCGCCCGCCCGCCCGCCCAAGCCACGGCGGACUCUGCUGAGGCGGCCCCGCCGCGCCGAGUGAGGAGGAUCCAGCUCACGGUGAAGUCUCCAUGGAGGUGUGGAGCCUGGUCACCAACCUCUAACUGCAGAACUGGGAUGUGGAGCUGGAAGUGCCUCCUCUUCUGGGCUGUGCUGGUCACAGCCACACUCUGCACUGCCCGGCCGGCCCCGACCUUGCCUGAACAAGCCCAGCCCUGGGGAGCCCCUGUGGAAGUGGAGACCUUCCUGGUCCACCCUGGUGACCUGCUGCAGCUUCGCUGUCGGCUGCGGGAUGAUGUCCAGAGCAUCAACUGGCUGCGCGACGGGGCACAGCUGGUGGACAGCAACCGUACACGCAUCACGGGGGAGGAGGUGGAGGUGCGGGACUCGGUGCCUGCUGACUCCGGCCUCUACGCGUGUGUGACCAGCAGCCCCUCGGGCAGUGACACCACCUACUUCUCCGUCAAUGUCUCAGAUGCCCUCCCCUCCUCAGAGGAUGACGAUGACGACGAUGACUCUUCUUCAGAGGAGAAAGAGGCGGACAACACCAAACCGAACCGUAUGCCCGUGGCUCCAUACUGGACAUCUCCAGAAAAGAUGGAAAAGAAACUGCAUGCAGUGCCAGCUGCCAAAACCGUGAAGUUCAAAUGCCCUUCCAGUGGGACUCCUAACCCCACACUGCGCUGGCUGAAAAAUGGCAAAGAAUUCAAACCUGACCACAGGAUUGGGGGCUACAAGGUUCGUUACGCCACCUGGAGCAUCAUCAUGGACUCUGUGGUGCCUUCAGAUAAGGGCAACUACACAUGCAUCGUGGAGAACAAGUACGGCAGCAUUAACCAUACUUACCAGCUCGACGUCGUGGAGCGGUCCCCUCACCGGCCCAUCCUGCAGGCAGGGUUGCCUGCCAACAAGACAGUGGCCCUGGGCAGCAAUGUGGAGUUCAUGUGUAAGGUGUACAGUGACCCACAGCCCCACAUCCAGUGGCUAAAGCACAUUGAAGUGAACGGGAGUAAAAUUGGUCCGGACAACCUGCCUUAUGUCCAGAUCUUGAAGACUGCCGGCGUCAACACUACCGACAAAGAAAUGGAAGUGCUUCACUUGAGGAAUGUGUCCUUUGAGGACGCAGGGGAGUAUACAUGCUUGGCGGGUAACUCUAUCGGACUCUCUCAUCACUCUGCAUGGUUGACCGUUCUGGAAGCCCUAGAAGAGAGGCCGGCAGUGAUGACCUCGCCCCUGUACCUGGAGAUCGUCAUCUACUGCACGGGGGCCUUCCUCAUCUCCUGCAUGGUGGGCUCGGUCAUCAUCUACAAGAUGAGGAGUGGCACCAAGAAGAGCGACUUCCACAGCCAGCUGGCCGUGCACAAGCUGGCCAAGAGCAUCCCUCUGCGCAGACAGGUAACAGUGUCGGCAGACUCCAGCGCAUCCAUGAAUUCUGGGGUUCUGCUGGUUCGGCCCUCGCGUCUCUCCUCCAGCGGGACACCCAUGCUGGCUGGGGUCUCUGAGUAUGAGCUUCCUGAAGACCCUCGCUGGGAGCUGCCUCGAGACAGACUGGUUUUAGGCAAACCCCUGGGAGAGGGCUGCUUUGGACAGGUGGUGCUGGCAGAGGCCAUCGGGCUAGACAAGGACAAACCUAACCGCGUGACCAAAGUGGCUGUGAAGAUGUUGAAAUCGGACGCAACAGAGAAAGACCUGUCGGACCUGAUCUCCGAGAUGGAGAUGAUGAAGAUGAUCGGGAAGCACAAGAACAUCAUCAACCUGCUGGGGGCCUGCACGCAGGAUGGUCCUUUGUACGUCAUCGUGGAGUACGCCUCCAAGGGCAACCUGCGAGAGUACUUGCAGGCCCGGAGGCCGCCCGGGCUGGAGUACUGUUACAACCCCAGCCACAACCCAGAGGAGCAGCUGUCCUCCAAGGACCUGGUGUCCUGCGCCUACCAGGUGGCCCGAGGCAUGGAGUAUCUGGCCUCCAAGAAGUGCAUCCACCGAGACCUGGCUGCCAGGAACGUCCUAGUAACAGAGGACAAUGUGAUGAAGAUCGCAGACUUUGGCCUUGCUCGGGACAUCCACCACAUCGACUACUAUAAAAAAACAACCAACGGCCGGCUGCCUGUGAAGUGGAUGGCACCUGAGGCCUUGUUCGACCGGAUCUACACCCACCAGAGUGACGUGUGGUCCUUCGGGGUGCUGCUGUGGGAAAUCUUCACUUUAGGCGGCUCCCCGUACCCUGGCGUGCCCGUGGAGGAGCUGUUCAAGCUGUUGAAGGAGGGUCAUCGUAUGGACAAGCCCAGCAACUGCACCAAUGAGCUGUACAUGAUGAUGCGGGACUGCUGGCAUGCGGUCCCCUCACAGAGACCGACCUUCAAGCAGCUGGUGGAAGACCUGGACCGCAUUGUGGCCUUGACCUCCAACCAGGAGUAUCUUGACCUGACAAUGCCCCUGGACCAAUACUCUCCCAGCUUUCCCGACACCCGAAGCUCCACCUGCUCCUCGGGGGAGGAUUCCGUCUUCUCUCAUGAGCCAUUGCCUGAGGAGCCCUGUCUGCCCCGACACCCAGCCCAGCUUGCCAAUGGUGGACUCAAACGGCGCUGACCCAAUACCCAUCCCUGGCUCCGUCGUCGGCUGCAGCCCUCACCCACCACCCCCUGCUGGACUCACUGCCUCCCCUCUGCCCUUUCCCGUGGGCAGGAGCCAGCUUCGUACCUGAGGCUUCCCCCACGGAGCUGCCCUCUCCUCCUCCUCUCUGCCUGUUGGGAGGAGCAGAGGCAGGUACUUGCCGAUGGCCACCUUGUUCCCUCCCGGAUGUUGGACCAAGCCCCCUCCCUGCCACCUGGCAGUGCCCGGAGGGGCGGGGAGCGGGACAUGAGCAGGCAGGCGAGCGCGAGCUGGCGGAGCUUCCUCGUGGUGGUUCUGUCUGCCUCCCGUGCUCCGAGGUGGGGGCCUUGUCCUCAGGCCCAGGGGAGGUCAGGGCUUUGGCCUCGGUUGAAGGGGAUCUCUGCUCCAGACAGAUGGUGCCAGGGGCUUAUUAAUUCCGAUACUAAUUUGCUUUGCUGACCAAAUGCCUGGUACCAGAGGGUGGAGAGGCAAAGGCUGGGAGCAGUGUUGUGGCCCUGGGGCCCAGCCCCAAACUGGGGACUUUGUACAUAGCUAUGAAGAAAACACAAAGUGUAUAAAUCUGAGUAUAUAUUUACAUGUCUUUUUAAAAGGGUCGUUACCAGAGAUUUACCCAUUGGGUAAGAUGCUCCUGGUGGCUGGGAGGCAUCAGUUGCUAUAUAUUAAAAACAAAGAAAAAAGAAAAAAAAGGAAAAUGUUUUUAAAAAGGUCAUAUAUUUUUUGCUACUUUUGCUGUUUUAUUUUUUUAAAUUAUGUUCUAAACCUAUUUUCAGUUUAGGUCCCUCAAUAAAAAUUGCUGCUGCUUCAUUUUUA